AUGGCCACUUUGCCGCCAUCCAUCCGCAGCGGCCAAUUUAGCCAGUUAGGAACGGAUUACCGGCAAAUGAAUAGACCGUCACGCCCGGGCACGCCGAUGAAUGCCGAGGGGGAGCCGGUCCCAGCUGCUCACACUGCCUGUGUGGUGGUGGUGGUGGUGGCGGCGGCUACAGCCAGAAAUGCCACUGACAUGGCCAACAGGAACGCUGAUGCUUUGUGCACCAUCCGCAUGUCCAUCUCUCGCAGUGCAAGGCAGACAUGCAGCGGAGAGUGGGAUCAACUGCAGAAAGACGAGAAUGGCUUCCCUUCCCAUGACGCCGUGGCGGGGGUUUUGCCGGACAAGCAGAUCUACACCAGGCCUGUCCUCCAGGAGGUCCCGGAUGUGGAGACCGAGACUUUCCGCACGGCCAUCCAGAGAAUGGCGGACGAUAUCCUAUCCCUGCGCCGACACGUCGCCAACUUGGAGGCGGAGAACAGCGCCCUGCGACGCAACCUGACUAUGCACGAAGACGUGGGGCGCGUCUUGUUGGAGGACAUCGACCUGGACGUCAUGACCAGGGCGGAGAUCGUCGACAGGCUACUGGGUCUCAAGCAAAAACUGACAUCCGGAGCUCGGGAGAUGGCCAAGAUGAAGGACCGCGUACAGCGGCUGCAGAACGAACUUAUACGGAAAAACGACCGAGAGAAGGACCUGGUGAUGCUCCAGCGAGCCCAUCAGCAGCAGCAGAUCGUGCUGAGAAAGUACCAGGCCAAGAUCGCCAAGAUGAAGGUUCUCGAGGACGCCGUGAGGCAGCAGGAGAAGGUAAUUGAGAGAAUGGAGAAGAUGCUGGAGGAGAAGAUGACGGACCGGUUCAAAGAUGCCGUCCGGGGCACAGAGAAGUAUCCAGUCCUGGGCGAUGGCUGGUCCAAGGAUCUCUACUCCACUCUGAUGGCAGAGAACACACGGUUGCGGGAGGAACUGAACAAAACCUGCUACCGCUCUUCGCCCAUCAUACUGCAGCAGCAAGCCUUGCCGGAUGUGUUUUCCUCCAACUCUGAAAAGCUCACACUGCUGAGUAAACUGGAGAAAGCCGAGACGCGCAUCCAUGUCUUGGAAUGCCAGCUGGAGGAAUCUGCCAGGAAGUGGGGGCGAGAGAAGCAGGAUUACGCCUCGCGCCUUCUAGAGAAUGAACGUGGAUUCGGCCCAUCGCCUUCCUCUAUCUUACUACCGGAAUUCCCACUCGCCGGUCUGGAUUCCCCAUCACGCUUCCGGAUGAAGACCCUUUACCCCUCACAGUAG